GUUUGAAGAGGUGAUAAAAAUUUCGUGCUUAAAAAGCUAUCAAACGAUCGAAGACAUACUGAGCUGUGCGAGAAUUUACAUCACGAACAAGCUCCAGAUAAACAUCAAACAUGCGGAAAAAAAACAUGUUGGCUUGUGGAAAGCAAACAGACGGACGCGAGAGCAAUAAGGAGGCUAGGAUGCAUAUCUUAGAAGGUUUCGUUGGAAAACAAUACAAAGCGAUCGUGGCCCAUCCCAUUUCUCCAAAAAGCAUGGACGAUCUACGAGAAGCAUUUACAGUUUUUGACAAAAAUUCCGACGGAUUUAUCUCAAAGCAGGAACUUUCAGAAGCAAUGGAAAAUUUUGGUCACAUGAUUUCGAACAGUGAACUGGAAGAGAUGAUUAACUUAGUUGAUAAAGACGGAAAUGGGUUGAUCGAUUUUCACGAAUUCCUAAAUCUCAUGGACAGUAAUACACUGGUUCAAAAUAUCGACCAAGAGAUGGAGAGUUUAUUCGGCAUGAUUGACACAAAUAACGAUGGUUUUAUCUCUGAGAAGGAAUUAAAAGCCAUGAUGAAAGGCCUCGGUGAAAAAGUGCGCAAAAAGGAUAUUCGUAAAAUGAUUAAGGAGGCAGACAUGAACAAAGAUGGGAAAAUUAGUUUUUGUGAAUUUAAAAGGAUGGUCGCUAGCGGAAACUUUUUAUCCAGGUGAGCUGUACAAAAUCAUUAAAUAAAAACUUCACUUGAAAUAUUAUCUUCACAAGCACACAAGUACUCGCAACUUGAAUCAACAAGAACGAGACAAAGGAUUAUAAAUAUCCAGAAUAUAAUCCUACUUGACGCAAUGCAAGCAUAAGUGAACUGUUCGAAGUUGCUCUUCAAAUGUAUUGUCAUAGGAAGGCGGACAAAACGUGUUAACAUUAAAUGUAUAUAUUUGUAAAUAAUUACUAAUAACAGUACACAAUUAUUUUUAUCAAAUAAAAAAAUUGUAUCCAUACAA